CCCUUUUCCUCCAUCUCCAACCUCUCCUCACCUUCCUCAGCUUUUCUUUCUUAACCCUUUAUUUAUAUAUAUCUAAUCUCCAACGUCCUCAGUUCCUCUCUUAUCAUUCUCUUUGGAGCCCCACAAAUGGAAGACCAAGAAGCCCCACCGCCGCCGCCUCCUCCCCCCUUACCACAACUCCCACCCAGUCUCUUCUCACCCUCGUUACUCGCUUCCUCAUCAUUGCAGCCUCCCUUUAUUGAGCCUCAAGUCCUUCCAGAUAUCGACUGGGUUAGCCUUCUCUCGUGUCAGUACGGGGAAGGAGAGAAUAAGGCAAAAACGUUGGAAAGCGCUUCUGUGAUAUCUGAGGAAGAAAAGGGUAACAAAGAUAGGAGAAAAUGUGGCCGAAUGAUGAAGAAACAUAGUCGGCCAAGGUUUGCUUUCCAAACUAGGAGUGCCGAUGAUAUCCUUGAUGAUGGCUACCGCUGGAGAAAAUAUGGCCAGAAAGCUGUGAAAAACAGCGCAUAUCCCAGGAGUUACUAUCGCUGCACCUAUCCUACAUGCAACGUGAAGAAGCAAGUUCAAAGGCUCUCCAAGGACACUAGCAUAGUGGUUACUACUUAUGAGGGAAUCCAUAACCAUCCUUGCGAGAAGCUCAUGGAAACUCUAACUCCUCUUCUCAAGCAGAUGCAGUUCCUUGCUAGGUUCUAAGUUCAUUCUCAGCUGUUAUUGAUGUUCAAGAACGAAUCAAAUGCAGAAGCUUAAUUAUUCUGUUCUUUGUCAUCCUAUACCUAUAUAUAUAUGUAUGUACGUACUUUCUGUAAUUAUUCUAUAUGCAUACGUACAUUAUCAGCACCUCUGUGUGUGUAUAAUGGACAAGAUAAUCUGUCAAUACCAUACAAUCAAUAAACAUCCUUAUGCUAAUUUUACAUACAA